GCUGCGUUGCGUGGUCCGUGCCUACUCGUGCGCAACAACAUAUUGCUAAAUAACAAAUAAAUUCCAGGAAAACCCGCGAUUAACGGUUGUGAUUUGUGAAAAAAGCUGGAUUAAAUACAUUGGAGUGCAGUGAGUGUUGUUUUUGGACGGACCUUUGACUAUACGCAGAAUGAUAUUGAGCUAAAAUCAAGAUGGGCACAGCUACAAUGUUAAACACGACUCCAAUGGAGAAGGAGAAGAAACCCAACUUGUUCAAACUCGUCCGAACACUCUUCCAAAAGAAAACGCAAAAACACGAAGAGAAACAGGAAGAGAAAAUCGUUCCAAAACCAAAAACAACGCUCAAGGUCACUCCAGUCGCAACUCUGCUAGAAGAGUUUCAGAAAAUAUCCAUAAAAGAAAAGGAAGACAAAAAUGAAGAUAAAAACGAAUUGAACAAAUUUUCAUACAGAGAGAGGAAAGAUAGCGAAGAUGAUAAUAAAGAGUUCGAAAGAAUCGAACCUCGUAACGACAGAUUCGGUUCACAUUCCUCACAAGACAGUGGCUACUCUGAACAUGAUGACCAAAAUACAAAAGAAAACGACCAAGAUGAAAAAGAAACUGAGGAAAAAGACAGUCGAGAUGUGGUUAAAAAGAUGGAAGAGUUGAAGAUUGGAAAGAAGAAGCUACAGACGGUGUUCUUGCCUCGCGCGCCGAUAAAGACGACCAGGGAGGCGCCCGUCAUGCAUCCCUAUAGCAGGGAUGUGGAGAAAUACAAAGAGGUGGUCAACACAAACACAUUCUCCGGCGGCCAAGUGUACGUCAAGCCCAGCACGGACCUCGCAGAGAUCUCCCGCGCUAUAUCCACCAUCGAGACCAACGUCCAGAACUUCCCUCUCAACAACGACCAGCAAGACUUCCUCCUAGAAACCGGCCUGGACUUUGUCACCCAAGAAACCAGCCCGCGAAAAGACUCCGAACUGCCCGAGGAAAUUCAUUUCUGCAUCGACGAGCUAAACAUGCUUAACGACACGCUAGCGUUCAGAGAGUACACAGAUAUCUCUAACACCAUUCUCAAUUUCGAUUUAGAGAACUAUCAGACCACAAAUCAGGUGCCCCAAGCGCAUACUUUCCCUACUCCGCCUUACUCGGAGAACGCUUUAAGCCCUCUAUCUCUUAACUUAGGCUCACCUCCGCUAACAUCUCCUGCAUAUUCCUCAUCGCCUGGUAGAUCUCCGAACUACAGCGAUUUGGAGCGAUACCAGGAAAUUUCUGAAGCGUAUCAGGAGCUCCCAAACUUUGAGGGUAUAGAAAAGCCUGUUUUAGAGAAGAAGAAGUCAAAUCCGACGUCAAUAAUGUCGAUGAAACAAUAUAAAGAUCUUCAGAAGGAGUUGUCGGCUGGGUUCUCGAAGUUUGAGUGCUGUAUGAUGAGCCGGAAGGCGUGUAAGGAGAUAUUUGAGGAGCACGCGAAGAAGUUGAAGAUUGAAGAGAGGAAGGGAUUGUGCGUGAAUUUAGCGCGCUUGGAUACACAGACGGCGUACGGAGUCCUCCAACAAGUGUUGCUAAGUCUGUCGACAGACGGCAAGCAGGAGGACUUGCAGUGCGUCCUGUUCAGUCUGCUAUGCGAGAGGGUCCUGGCUCUGCGACCGGAGCUGUUCUUGGGAGACUUCGGGCUUGGUCUCUUGAAGUCCGCGGCGCUCCGCUGCCCCGGGCGGCCUAUAUUCUCGCGCUACUUGGUGCAGUGCGUGAGGACCGCCCUGCGGCUCAACCCCUCCUACAUGGAGGGGAGGGAGAGCGUCUUCCAUGAGACGGACGCGCUGGGCGACACGCUGGUGACAGCGUGCGCGCGCGCCGGCGACGCAUACGCCGACGUACUGAACGAGCUGGUUUGCGAGUCGCCGCCUCUCUUCAGACAAGGACACGCCAACACUGAAGGUUACACGGCACUGCACGUGGCGUGCAAGCUGCACAGCAAGGAGAGCCCGCGCCUGCGCACCGUGCACGUGCUGCUCGAACACGGGAAGGCGGACUUAUGGGCCGGGGACGUGAAGGGCGGAGACACGGCACUGCACCUGGCCGUCAACUCCUCGACCUGCGAGCUGCAUCUCAUCAUGACGCUGUUCCGACACGUGGAGCGAGCCAAGUGGAAACAGCUAGCCCAUGUCGCCAACAGAAGCUCGGUGACGCCCAUAGAGUACGCGCGCUCCCAGAGCAAGUCGAUCAGCCGGCCGUACCCGCCCGAGGUGCUAGACUUCCUCAAGAAAUGCCGUUGAUCCAUACAUACAUACAUUGUAUGAAUAUCAUACAAACAUGCAUCAAGACCCAUAGGGGUUGCUAUUUGGUGGAAAUGAAUACAGUCGGACUACGCUAAGUUUUCAUGCCAAGCGCUACGUCAAGAGCUUAUAGGGUAUGAAUUUAACAGCCGAGUUUCUGCAAAGUUAGAGUUGUUAGAGUCUUGUAAAGGGAUCUCCAAAAUCGUCCGCGGACUCUAAAUUUUGACCCAUUACAAGUUACAAGCUUUUGAGAAACGGGCCCCUGACCUUUUUCAAUAAGUGUAAGGAAAGCGUGUUUGCUUCGAUUAUUUUUAUAUUGUGACAUUAAUAAGUACAUAUUAAAGUACAAUUCAUAAUAACAAUUUAAAUGUGUGAGAAGAUUUUACCUCAACAUUGCCCACUGAUUUUAACUUUGCCCAUACUACAUACAUACAUACUGCAGUAUGUAAGCUCGUAUAGUAACAAGAUUACGUAAUAUUGCAUUGGGGUAUCUUCAGAAAUGGGGUAUAUUCAAAAUUUGCAAUAUCUUCUGAACUAGAAGUACUUUAUAUUCAAGCCUUUUCCAAAACGUAUUGGUUCUUACCAAUGUUUACAAAAUAAUAAGUAAAAAUAUAUACUUUAAUUUUAAAUUAAUUUGAAUUACUAGCGUGAUGGGCAAAGUUGAUAUCUCAUUUUACAGGGCCUCUAUUAUAUCGCAAUUUACAUUUAUAAUCGUGUGUUUCACACAUUAAUUGUUCAGUGCCUUAUGCGAUAUAGCGUUAAGUUUUAAUUAAGUAAACCAUGACAUAAGGCUUAUGAAAUUAUUUUCAUGUCAUAUCAAUAUCAUAAAUAUGCCGGGGUUUUAGUUAUAGUUGCAUUGUUUUUAUUAUUACCACAUAAUGGUAGUUGUCCAGUGAUCGAAAGUUUAAUACUAUUCAACGUAGGUUCAGACUAAGCUUUAAGCAGACUUUACAGACUUUACAAAUUUGACGAUUAUAAGUGGCACUGUCACACUUUGUCCUGCCAAUGUCAGUACAGUCAGCUUAGUCGGACUAAGGAGCACAAAAACGGUGUUUUGGCAGUUCAUAAAAUAGAUAUUUUGUGCAUUCACUUUUGAUAUGAUUGUUUAUUUCCUAAUAACACAAAUGUAAAUUAAAUGACACUACAAAUUACAGCUCUGCUGUCUUUCUCGCACUUAAAUUUGUAUUAAUUGCCUGAUUCGUUCUGGUUUUUGUCAUUUAGUCGCGAUAGAUAUAAAGUGAGUUUAUCGGUGCCCUAUUGAUAUUCCGAAAAAAAUUACGCCGAUUUUUGUUUCGCCGACAACGAUUCGCCGACGGGUUCUUUGGCAGAGUAACGAUUGGCCGAAUCUCAUUACGCAUAAUAGUCGUUUGCGAGAGUAAUCAAUAAGCAGAAUAUUGAUACGCAUAUUUACUAUUCGUAGAAUAAUCAUUUAGUAAUUGUCAUAAUUACCCGAGAAACCAUUGGUCGAAACACAAUAGGUCGAAUGUUCAUUUGACAUUAAUAUUGACUAGAAAAACUUCUCUCUAAUUUAUUACUUUACUAAAUUAACUUUCACAUACUCGUAGUAUUCAUUGAAAUUGCUAAAAAAGCAGUUUAGGUUAGUUUAGAGCUGCACCCUUAAGAAAACGAACCGUUGCUGGAAAAGUGGGUUAGGUUGGGUUAGAACUGCGACCCCCAAGAAAACGAACUGUUGCCAGAAAAUUGGCUUAGGUUAGAACUACAACCCCGAAAAAAACGAACAUUUUCCAGAAAAGUUGGUUAGGUUAGGUUAGAACUGCGACCCCUAAAAAAUUUAUUCUUUCCAAAAAAGCAGAUUGCGUUAAUUGACGAAUAACGACUCAAUAAAUAAAAAUUUUGGUAAAAACCGUAUUUAUAAGAAGUAACUUUUCUACAGAUCCAUGAACCUGUGAAAUGAAAUUACAUGAACAAAUUGUCCUUGAAACUAAACCAAUGUUUAAAUUUUUUGGUAAACCAUAACUAAUCCGAACUAAAAUUAUUUGAAGUAAAUAUUGUGUAAAGAUUUAGCCAUUUGAAAUAACUUGAAAAUUUUUCUGUGAAACAAAAUUCUAUAGAAAAAUUGCCGUCAAAACAAAGCUAAACCAUAUAAAUAUAAUAAUUCUUAUAAACCAUAAUUUACUUAAAAAAGGAUAAUAUUUUAUUUCAUCCUUUUGGAUAUGGGUUUUCUUUAUUUCUGCAAAAAGUUUUUGUUUCGAAAAUAACGACUUAUAUAUAAAAUGUGAAACGUUAUUCGACUAAACAUUGCUUAAACGAAACGAUCACUCUGCUAAAUGGAAAUCGUCCAAUAAUAGUUACUGCUAAUUUACACAGAAGCGAACUGAACGGUAUGUGAACCAAGAGUCUACGUAACGUUAGUCGACCAAAAGUUACACUGACAAAUAAAUGACUCUGCGAAACGAUGUUCGGCGAAUCGUUGUCGGCGAAUCGAUGAUCUGCUAAAAGUUUUUCGGAGAAUCAUUAGGUACCCGAGUUUAUCACAGUAUGAGAUUUAGUUUUUAUUCUUAUUCUUGCUAAUCUUAUUUUAAAUAAGGAUAUUAUGGUUCGAAAGAAUUUAUUUUUGACAAUAUUUUUUGUAUAUAUGGAUCGAUUCAAAAAAUACCUUAAAUGCUUAAAAUGUUUAACAAACGUUGUUAUCAACUGGUUAUUUUUAAAUGUAUUAUUCGUAGGAAUAAUUAAUUAAUUUGGUUGAUGGAAUACUGUUUGAAAUAUGAAAUUACGUACAUAUUUUCCAGUUAACGUAAAAUAGCUAUGUUAUUGUGUGAGAUUUACUUAAACAUAAUUUUUCGCAUAAUAUUAGUAAUUAAAUGUUAAAUAUGGUAUUUUAAAAUCAUAAUUAUGAAGUCAUAUGUCCUAGAUACCUAUACUAUAAUCAUCACAAUGAACAAUUGAACACACCAUAACGCAUAUUUAAUUAAUAAGUUUUGUUUUAAAAUCGUAGUUUAAGCUUAAGAUUUUUGGCUGGCGUAUUAAAAAAGAUUUGUUUUUUUAUGCGGAAUUUUAAAAUUACCAAUGUGUGACCUUAAAAUGCAUGGGGCCUAAAGUUAUUUUUAAUGUUGUAGAUUUUAAGUACAAUAUUAUGAAUUUAGCCCACACGGUUUUUUUAAAUAAUAAGGUGAUAAUUUGUUAAAAACUGAUAAAGCAACAUAAUGAGGAAGGCAAGAGUAUGUCAAUUUGGACACAAGCUUUUAAUCCAACACUUGCUUAAAACAUUGUAUGUAUUGAUCUCCCGCUUUCGCAUAUUGAUCUGAUGAUCGUUGUUUAAAUUAAAAAAAAAUCGAAAAAUAACCCACCACAAUUAUGGGCAAAAUAUAUUGUUAGUCAACUUUGCCCUCGAGGUGGCAAAGUUGUAACAAGUCGUGGCAAAAUAGCGCCAUCUGUUAAAAGUACUAUGAUACCUGCUCAUCCUUUUGAACGAUAACGACUUUAAAAGUGAUCUUAUAAAAUUUAUAAAUCUUUGGUAAUUCUUAUAAUAAUGACGAUUGUUAUAGUUGCCUUGACUUUUUUGGUAAUUAAAUAUUUGAUAGUGAUUUAAAUUGAAUAUUUUAUCCUUUGAUCCAAAAAUGGCGUUUGUUCAAAAGGAUUAUUAUAACGUAAUAUGCAUAAGUCGUUUAUUAUAUAUUAUAUUUGAUAAUACUGUCGUAAGCAAUGAGCUAUAUAUGUUGUUUGCAAUAAAAUGAUAAGUUUUUUUA